AUGCCUAAGCAGGAGGAGGGGAGGCCAAAUGUACAACAGGAGAUUCCAAAUAGACCCAGAAAUCUGACCGAGGUUUCAAGAGCCGUCCUGCGUAGUGAGCAGGCAAAGCGAUGGACCAAGAAGUACCGCACCGAGGUCGCUGCAAGCUCCAGCAGUCUGCUAUCUACAUUUGCCGCAUAUCCUCUGGACUCAGUCAAGACCCGACUACAAGCCUACAAGUUCAACUCCUUUGCCGACUGCGUUCGCCACACCUACAAGACUGAGGGCUUUCACGGCUUCUACCGUGGUGUCUGGUCUCCUCUCGCAAGCAUAACCCUCGUCCGUACCGUGUCGUUCUCCAUCUACCAACGAUCCAAGUACGCGCUCGAUAAUUGGAUUUACCAGACCACCGGAACUUCACCGCUCGUUAUUGCGAACACCCGAGAUGCAUGGCCCACGUUUUCAACCAUUGCAUGCUUUGGCCUGGCAGGCGUCAAUGCCGGCGCUGCUAUCACAGUCAUCGCAUGUCCUUUCGAACUGACGAAACUGAGCGCUCAAAUCUCCGUACUAAUGGCUGAGCGCAACGACGGCGGCGGCAAGAACGAAGCAGUACGUAAAAGCUACCAGAAUUUGGGAACCUGGAAGACGGCGCAAAAUCUGGUUAAACAUCGGGGUUGGACAGGGCUAUACUCCGGAUUCCACUUGCAUCUACUUCGAGAUUCCAUCGGCACCGGCAUCUACUUUGUAACAUACGAAAGUGUGAAACAGGUCUUGGCGAAUGCGCGCGGCACCUCACCAACACAUCCACUGGCUGUAGUAGUAGCUGGCGGACUCUGUGGACUCGUCAGCUGGGCAUGCAUUUUUCCAAUAGAUACAGCGAAGAGUAUCUACCAGCGAAACUGUCUCGUGGGGGGAAAAGACAAGGCAACGCGUCCGAAGAUCCAUUUCUUUAGUCGUCGGAUGUAUCGAGGCCUUGGUGUUUCCAUGUCUCGCUCCUGCAUAGUCAACGCGAUUUUCUUUACUGCAUUCGAGUUCACCAAGAAGCGCAUCAACGGCAUGUCUUACGACGAGGAGCUUCUUCGCGCGAAUGACUUGUGA